AUGUAUUAUGGUAAAGCUAACCCAGAUCAUGAGAUGUAUGCCCAAGAUAUGCCACAGUACAGCUAUGCGUCGAGGCUCUAUGAUUCCGACCAUGCUGAUGAUCAUCAUGACAACAUUCCAACCACAACUAUAGGGAUGGUUAGGAGGCCCAGAAGCAAUACUCCUAGUAAAUUGGAUCUCGAAGAACAGGAACUAUACAAGGAGCGACUUGCAUGCAGACAUCAGAAGCUCCGAGCCAAAGCUAGAGCCGAUUCGGGUGGCAAACGCUACUGCUUCGGCAGGCUCGACAAGAAUGGCUAUCGGAGCUGCUUGCUUAUAAGUUGCACUUCCAUUGUGGCUACUGUGGCGCUCCUACUUACAUUCUUCUUUGGUCCUAGAUUGGCUCAAGGACUAUUGGACGAUGGUAUGGUAAGCGUGGAGUCAGUCGCCAUCAACGGGACUAAUAUUACAACUUGUGCUGGAUCAACCGUUAGUGCGUGUCUGGGUGUCACCAUAGUGUUCAGUGUUGAUAACCCGACACUCCUCGAGGUGAAGUUGGAUGAAUUCACCGUCAAUCUGUACUAUGACGAGGCAAGAUUCGCGUCUAUAAGGAUACCAGUUAUGUCUCUUGGUAGUGGCCACACCACCAUCAACGAGACGGUGUUCAUAGUGGUUACAAACAAGACGGCAUUCACCAGGUUCGGCUCGGCUAUCAUCACUGAGCCAUCCUCUGUCGUUGCAGUUAGAGCAUCUGAUAUCGGUGGUAGGAGUUGGUGGGUACCUUUGGCCGGUUUGGAACUCAAGAGAGAUAUCCAAAUCGAUGGCUUCAACAACUUCCGUGACAAUCAGCCGCGGAUCUUCGAUAUGCAAUUCGUACCAGCACAAAGCACUAUAGAGCAAGCGGUCUACCUCAGCAAAUUCAAAUUCUUCAACCCAACCAACUUCACUAUAUGGGAUAUGGGCAGGCUUCUUGCUUCAUUAAACUCGAAUGACGAGGAGGUUGGUGCAAUAUUGUCUGUCGGCUCUCUUGGCAUCAAGCUCAGAAAAAACACUGAGUUCGCGGCCGCGACUUGGUUUACCCUCGGUGGAGCUACCGCUCAGUUUCCAAAGGCUCUUGCCAAGAACCUGGAAGACGGCAAAGAUAUGACCGUCACCCUCAAGGGAUUCGGAAGCACGAACCCAGUCUGGGCGGACAUGAUGCAGUCUAUUAAUGUUCCCAUGUUGAUAGCUGCUCGUUGA